ACUUCACGUGUUUUUACACACACUUGAUUUGUUUCCAACAGAAUUAGUUUGUUUAAAUAAAUGGCAGGACCACCAAAGAAAAAAGCUGUAGUGGUUGAGGAUGGCAGCGGUUCUUCGGCUGGGGAAAGCGAUUCUGAAAGCAUUCAUGGCCAACAGGAGAUUCAAACCGACUUUGAAGGACGAAAUCCAGACAGUCAAGACUUUCAUGGCAUCAAACAACUAUUGCAUCAAUUGUUUCUCAAAGCACACAUUAAUAUCUCAGAAAUGAGUGAUUUGUUGAUUGCACAGGCUGGUGUUGGCAGUGUGCUCAAGCAGAGCAUGGAUGAUGAUGAAGAUGAGGAUGAUGAGGAGGAUUGCACCAUGAGUGAUGCCCUGGAUGUGUUUGGUAUUACUUCAGUUUUAAACUUGACUAAAAACAAGCAAUCAUCUUGUGUUCAAGAAUUCACUGAUCUCCUCAAAGAACUUUCUCUUAAACACGCCGCUAACGACACACAAGCAGAAAUCAUCAAUAUUUUAAAAAGUAAUAAGAAACUAGGCUUGCUAAUCAAUGAAAGAUUUGUAAACAUUCCCGCGAAAAUUUCGGAUCCAUUGCUUUCAUCACUGCUCAGUGAACUGGUCCAUAAAGAAAAAGACAUCAGUUAUGAUUUUGAUUAUUUUAUUAUGAUUUCCAAGUUUCACAAAGAAAAAACCAAUAGUUCUGAGAUAAUAUUUGCUAAUGCAGAGGAGGAGUUGUUUGAAAAGGCAGCAAACUGUUCCUUUGAAUUCUGCGUGCAGAAUGAUAGCGAUUCAACAGUUGCUGGCAAGUGGACAGAGAACGAUGUUGAAUUGGUUCCCUACAGAAAGGUGCUACUUUUUAGUGCCAAUAAACUUGCGAAUAUCAUUCAGCAGGUCAAAGUUUUGGUUAAUUAAUAUGUAAUUUUAAGCAAAUAAAAAAUGUGAUUGUUUGCGCAAA